AUGGAGACUAACAUUAUUGCCUUUGGUUGUGGAGGCGAAGCAACAUCCUUCAAGCCAUAUCGCAAUCCCAGCAGUGGCAGUGACAAUUCUGCAUUCAGUGGUGUGAGAGAGAAAGAAUACAAAGAACCAUGGGACUAUUACAGUAAUUAUCCUGUUACACUCCCAUUGAGGAGGCCUUAUUCAGGAAACCCAGAACUCCUUGAUGAAGAGGAAUUUGGGGAGGCUGCAGAAUCCAGAACCUUAAAUGAAAAUUCAACAAAUCCAGCAAAGGAGCUUGGCCUUUUGAAGGAAAACCCAGAGACAAGUGUGUUCUUGAUCCAGUUACCAGCUGCUUUGCCAGCGAUUAAAGGAUCAGCUUCUUUUGGAAGCCAAGAUGGUAGUGAGAGCUCUUCUAAACCUCAAGGAUCCAUGAAAAAAGUGAAGCCGUGUAAGUUGAAUGAACUACCACCUGGCCUCAUGGGCAAAAUGCCUGUAUACAAGAGUGGUGCUAUCAAACUGAAGCUUGGCGAUACACUUUAUGAUGUUUCCCCCGGUUCAGAUUGUACAUUUGCUCAAGAUGUUACUGUUAUGAAUACUGGUGAAAAACAUUGUUACUUUUCUUUUAGGAUGGUGAUUAUGCUGAUGUCAGACAAAGGAAAGGCCAUAGCCACCACCUCCAAGAAAAGGAAACACUCUAAGAUUUCUACCCCUUCUCCCUAUGCGAAUUAUGCUAAGAAUCCGCUGAAUGACACGGAUAAGGAAAAUCAGUUGCUACCUUCCACUGAUCCAGAAAAAUUUCCCAACCUUUACUGUGAGCUUCGCCUUCCCAAGUAUCAGAAGAAGAACUUGAAUAUUGAGAAGAAGCUCGUCCUUCCCAAUGAUGUGAAACGCGCAAUCAACACCCGUAUCCUAGAGUUGGGUUUGGAAUUUGUUGAUAGAGAUUUGGGAAACAUCAACGUCUCAUGGGUCAAGGAGUUCUAUUGCAACUUCUUCCGUCCUACUCUAGAUUCAGUACAGCUAUGGGGUAGAGAGAUCAUGAUUACUGAAACUGCUAUUGAGGAGGAAUUGCAGUGUUGA